CAAGGUCCUGUCACUCCUUCAUUGCGGCAUCCAUAUUGACAGUAUCGCCUACAUCUGGCUUCAAAAUCUCCGACUCCCACAGUCGUGAGCAGCCGUCGUAGACCAGGUCGUGUCUCCGACCAAUGACUCUUCGAAAGGCGCCCACGCCCUCCUCGGCACAGGGUCAGGGAAAUGUUCAUUUGCACAACCCAACAUCUGUCUCUACCUAAUACCUACCGACCCGCACGAAGGAUACCAAGUGACAUCGACCCCUGUAGCCCUAUCGAUUCUCUUAUACCACCCUCGCUGUCGUUCUCUUCAUGAUGCUCACUGCCCAGACUGUCCUUUCUGCCGCCAUGAACUAUUAUGGGCAGCUCCCAGCAUUCUCCACUGCAGCUUGCGCACUAGCUGGCCUAUGCAGCGCUCAAUCCCAAGGAGAAAGUUCACAAUGCACCGCCAUGACCAAUGUCAGCACCGCAUGGUAUCCUCCUGCGCAAUAUGCAGUGAACAACCUGACUUCAGUUCUGAACGGCACGGGGACUUAUGGCUUUGUCUUCAACACUUCUCAGUCGCCACCUGACACCGUCUACAAUUGGUGCAAUAUGCCACAUGUCAACCCCACAACGUACGAAACCCCGCCUGAAGAUUACACGCUCGAAUACGUGGAGAUAAUCCAUCGACACCACAAGCGCACUCCCUAUGCCGACAACACUUUUCCAGUCGAGGGCUAUUCCUGGGACUGCUCAGAUCAAGGCCUCUUCUACGGAGGCAAACCUCUCGAUCCAGCUGGUAAUCUGUCAGCUGCCUCGUAUUGGAGCGUCUUUACAAGCGAAAAUAAUCCUUUCCCACAAAAAGGCUUCAGCGGAUCUUGCCAAUUUCCACAAAUAACACGUCAAGGUCUUGACGACUCGCAUCAGCACGGUGUAGACCUCAAAGCCGUAUACUGUGGACUUCUGCACUUCAUUCCUGCCGACUUUAACUCAGAAAUCACCACCUACCGUGUCACCAACAACGUAAUCACAUCGCAAGUGGCUUCAAUGCUUAUAGCAGGCAUGUAUCCAGCUCAAGCUGGCGAGGAUACAUCUCUCCUUAUUCAAGCCAACUCAAUCGAUAGUCUCGAACCAAAAUACAGCUGUCCUGCUUCAUCAGCUUUGUUCAGCAGUUACGGCGUCGGCUCGAAUGCACCAAACUGGACAGCGCACUUGACCGAGUCCACGGCUCUGUUCGAGCGACUGGACCAUUUGAGUGGCGUAGAUCCAAACAGCACUGCUUGGCAUCAGAGUUUCGAUCACUACUUUGACAAUUUAUCUGCAAGACUUUGUCAUCAGAAGCCCCUACCUUGUGAUCUCAAUUCUGCUUCGGAUUGUGUCGCUCAGGAUGAAGCGGACACGGUGUUCCGGCUUGGUGAAUAUGAAUACUCUUUCCUAUAUCGCGAUGCAUCACAAAGUCUGGCAGCAAGUGUGGGAAGCUAUGGUGUUUGGGUUGCUGAACUCGCUGCGAACUUGCGACAGGUAGGCGCUGGACGUCGGAGUGUGAAGUACAGGCAUAAUGUAGCACAUGAUGGUAGUGUGGCACGUGUAUUGAGCAUUCUGCAGCUUGAUAGAAUGGUCUGGCCAGGAAUGGGAUCAGAAGUGGUGUUCGAGCUGUAUAGCAAGGAAGGAUGCUACUUCCUGAGAGUGCUGUGGGGAGGACGAGUACUCAGGAGUAGUCAUCCUGCCUUUGGGACUAUGGAUAUGGUGCCGCUGGCUACGUUCUUAGCAUAUGUUGAUGGGAUUGUAGGUGAAAAGGCAACAAAGGUCCCUGCGUUAUGCGCGUAGGUAGAAGGUAGAGCGAGAGUAGAACACAAUCAACAGAUUC